AUUCGGAUCACCAAACCUGAACAGCUCUCGGAUACACCAAGAUGGCGACUACGCAACCCUCGACGCCGCUCAAAUUCAAUGGCGCCGGUCACCUCACAACACGUCUUGUCCUUGCGACUCUCACCGGCCGACCUGUCCGUAUCUCACAGAUCCGCGCAUCAUCUCACACAAACCCCGGUCUUGCGCCGCACGAAGUCUCUUUCCUCCGACUGCUGGAUGCCAUCACAAACGGUUCUGCCAUCGAGUUCUCCAUGACUGGUACUACUCUGGUCUAUAAGCCCGGUCUCAUUGUGGGUAGUGCUGCGGGCUAUGGCGCAAGCGGUGGCGUAGUAAAGCACGAGCUGCCCAGAGACUGUGCCAGAGGCGUCAGCUGGUUUCUCAUACCUCUAUGCAUGUUGGCGGCAUUCUCAAAAGCACAGGUCAACGUCAUCUUUACCGGCUCUGGUGUAAUCACGAGCGCAACAGACAAAGGCGAUGUCAGUGUGGAUACUGUCCGAACGGCCAUUCUCCCUCUUUACAAAAACUUCGGCAUUCAGAACAACAUUGAGCUUCGUGUAUUGAAGAGAUCGAAUCCUGGACCGAGUGGAAGAGGAGGCGGUGGAGAGGUACAGCUAGUGUUUGGUCACCAGGUCCGACUCCCCAAAACGAUACACAUCAUGAACCCUGGCAGAGUCAAGAGGAUACGCGGUGUGGCGUAUGCAACCGGAGUGGCCGGUGCAAACAAUGCCAGAAUGAUCGACACGGCACGUGGAGUGCUCAAUCAGUUCGUUGCAGACACAUACAUCUUCUCGGACGUUUCUUCAGCACCUCUGAUCCCUGCUCCGGAACGAAACAAUGCGGCCGCAAAGAAGAAGAUUGGAGUCGGAUUCGGUCUGAGUCUGGUUGCCGAGUCCAGCACGGGUACCUUGUACUCGGCGGAUGUGGCUAGCUCAGCAGCAGGCGGUGAGGCACCCGAAGACAUUGGCAAAGCUUGCGCAUAUCAACUACUGGAAAGCAUCUCGCAAGCAGGAUGUGCCUCAAUUGUGGCAGCGCCUACCAUGUUGACGCUGAUGGCCAUGGGCAGUGAAGACGUCGGAAGACUGGUUUUGGGCAAGGAAGUGCUGGGUACCGAGGAAGUGGUGCAACUGGCGCGAGAUCUUCGAGUGUUUGGCAUGAGUGGUUGGGGCCUGAGAGACGGUAGCAACCAAGGAGAUGUGGUUGUCAGCAUUGUGGGACGGGGAGUGGGCAACGUCGGAAGGAAAAUUGCAUAGCGGUCUGGAACUCGACCUGAUUCUUUUAUAUACGAUAAUGAUACCCCCAUGUUCUUGCGCAAUCAUGCAGGCAGACAAGUGCAAGAGCAGCUCGACCGACCAUCUCAGCUUGAGCAGAUGGUGAGAAAGCCGAACCGAGGGACGUGCGCGCAAACCCCGAGGGUCCAUGUGCAUCAGCAGCGAAAGGUGGAAAGGUGGCUUCUUAAUAUACUCGUCCUCUAAGUCCUCGACUUCUU